GUUCUUCUGAACCAUCUCUCUCUGAGUUCCUGUUUAGUGGCAGUAAAGCUCUGCAGACGUGCUGAAGACUGCUCCUGUUGUUGCUGCCAUUGUUUCAGAGUCUAUGUAGGCUGAUGCUGAAGGAUGUGGUUACAUUUCCAUCUCUUUUCAUCUUAAGUGCUGGAUUACGCUUCAAGGACACCGGUUCCAUCUCACCCCGCACACCGAUAAGAGGCAAAGAAAUCAUGGGAAGAGGCUAACAACUCCAGUAACAGUAAAGAUGCAGCACACCUCGUGCACAGAGGACCGGAUCCAGCACGCUCUGGAGAGAUGCCUGGAUGGACUCCGGCCAUCAGAAAGCCUGGCACAAUCCUGGAACGCUGGUUGGUGUAUGAACCGCUGGAGUCUAGAAGAGCUGGUAAAGAGAGACCCAGAUAAUUUUCUCAUUCUGCUGCAGCAAAUUCUCAGAAAAGCCAGAGAGGUUCAACAGGAGUGUCAUUACGAGCUUGUGGCCCCCUUGGCUCUCAUGUUUGAGUCCACACUCCUGCAGAUGCCUCUUUGUCCAUCUAAUGGAGAGAUUCUGACAGAAGCUUGUGAAGUGUUUCAUAGCUUCCUAGCGUGGCCUGAACCCUACUGCAGUGUGUGUCGUAACCUGCUCUCCACCUUAAAUCAAGAGCUUAGAGCUCCAGGAAUUUCAUACCACAGACUGGUAAGAGAGGAACAAGGCCUUGCCAUCUCCACUCAGCGUUCUAAGAUCAUUACGGUGUUGUUGAUGAACCCGGCUGAGGUUCCUGCUGAGUUCCUGUCUGUGGCGGAGCAGCUCAGUGGAGCGGAGGUCUCACAGAGAGAGAGUAGCGUUACACUCAUUAAACACAGCUUCCAGGCAGUGCUCGGAACUAAAUAUCCACUACAGACCAUCAGCAGUGCUCUACAGUGCCUUGGUGAUGAUGAGUUGGCACAGAUUCUGUCCUCAGUGAGUGACUUUCUAGAGUCUGCAGCGGCCAUGACGGAUAUAGCUAAAGCUCGGGAACAUGUAAAGGGUGGCCUGGAGGCACUGCGAGAAAAACUUGGCAUACCAGCCACCAAUGGCACGAUGUCAGAUGGGGUUCUUCAGACGCUCAGCCUUCCAGCAGCCAAGUGCUACACUUUCCAUUGGGACAAGGAUAAUUUUGAUGUUCUAAACGACCUUCUAGACAUAGAGUCUGAAUUGACCCUAUCUCAAACGUCUGAGGGCAUGGAGGAGGAUGAUGUUGACAAUGUUGAUGUGGAAGAUGACGAAUAUGAUGACUUGGAGGAGGGGUUUGUUUCAAAUGGUUGCACUAACUAUCGGGCAUCAACUUUCUCCAAUGUCUCCUCCCUUUCCACUGCCUCCAAAGACUCAAUGUUCUCCACACUGUCGGUUGCUUCCUCCGAAUACUCUCCCCUCUCUACGCUUUCAUCCUCAUCUCAAGCUUCGGGCACAGAUAGUGACUUCUGUGAGGACGCAGAGGAGGACUGUCUGAGCACAGCGUCAGUGUCCAAGGCCAAAACCACCGCACGACUUUCCAAGCGCCUCUCACGACUCUUCAAACCUCGCAGCAGCAACUCUCUCUGUCGAGCCAAGAGCCUGGGCAGCCCUGAGGCUAAAGAUUUAGUAGUGGUCGUCCGCUCUAAGAGAUCCAAUUCUCUUCCACAGCAGGUGCGGCUACGGAGCUCUGAUGUUGGGUUCCCAGUGCCCCCCCUCUCGCAGUUGCAAUACGUUUGCUACAGGAGAAGACCCAUUCUGAGUAGCGAUGAUGAGGAAGGGCCAGCAGGGGCCACUACGCUCAGAGUGGUGGUGUUUGGGGCAGAUCAUGUGGCAGGGAGGGUCGCCCGUGCCUAUGGCAGUCUAAGGAAAAGAGAAAGAGACUGUCCGCACCUCACCAAAGCUUUCAGGAUGAAGUUUUUCUUUGUGCCUGUAAGGAGGGAUACAACUCUAGCCAACUCUUCUUUGAAGAACUCUGGUUCUUCUCUGCAGCUCUCAGCAAGUCCACUGAAACCAGCCGUCUCUAGCAUUGAUCUCAGUGUGAAUGGGACGGAGGACAGCACUAAUGACAUAGCUAAUCUGCUGGGAAUGCUGGAUCCCUGGUAUGAGCGUAACACUCGGAGCCUGCUGGACCUGCCCGUUAAUGUGGUGUGCCAGCAAACAUCGAAAAUUGAGUCAGACUUGUCCGAGGGCACUGCCGAGGAGCGUUUACCGAUAUUUGCUGACCUGGUGCUCUAUUACUGCCGCCAUGCCGCCCGCCCUGCCCUUAUUCAGCUCUAUCAAGCAGAGUUGACACUAGCUGGAGGAGAGAGACGGACUGAAGUGUUUAUUCAUUCUCUGGAACUGGGCCACACAGCUGGUACAAGAGCCAUCAAGGCCAUGGGUGCUGCCAGUAAGAGAUUUGGCAUUGAUGGAGACCGUGAGGCUGUUCCCUUGUCACUGGAAGUGACUUACAACAGAAUACAUAUCAGUGGCAGAAGUCAGAAGACAAUGUCAGAAAAGUCCUGCACCUCCAUAAACCUGCUAAAAGCCUGCAGGAAUCCUGAGGAACUAGAUUCUAAAAUGGAGUGCCUUCAUUUGACAAUGACAGAAGUGCUGAAGAGACAAAACUCUAAAUCAAAGAAAGGCUACAAUCAGACACUGACCACCACACAAGUAAAAGUGGAUAAGGUUCAGGUUAGCGGAACUUGCAACACCACCUUUGCAGUUUGUCUGGACCAAGAUGAGAAGAAAAUUUUACAGAGUGUGACCAGGUGUGAGGUAUCAGUUUGUUAUAAGCCAGAUAGUUCGACUGAUUGGACGAAAGGAAGGGUGUUCUCAUCUCAGACCCAGCCUCUGCAGCCAACCUUCUGCUCUCUUCUUUGCCUCCCUGUUGCAACUUUCAGUGGACCUCAGCCUUGAACACAGAAAUCAGGCUUGAACCCAUAACUCCAGCCUAAGAAGACACCAGUUUUCCACUUUCAGUUUCAAACAACAGUUUUGUAUAUCGACUCUCAGGGCAAAAGAUAAGAUACACUUUUGGGUAAAAACGUUUUUUUUUAUUACAUUAUAUGAGCAUCAUGUCUAUAUGUACUAUAUGUUUUUCCUAAGGGUACAUCCUACUAAAUAUAAUUCGGUAGACAAACUGAGACAAUUUUUGUGAACUUAUGACUAACAUUUGUAUCAGGUUAUGAGACAAAAUCUGAGUCAUCCUUAACCAAGAUUUGGUAUGAAUGGGAUGUUAUUAUUGGAUUGAUUUGGAACUGGGCCUGUCCUGGCUCUUAUACAACUACCAGAAUACUCUUGUUAAUGAACAUUUUCACCAGCAUCCAAAUAAGCACUGUGGACAAUGUAAUAAUGUGUUUGUAUAUAUGACGUAAUUAUUGUAUGUAGUUAUAAUUAAAAUUCUCAGGAAAUAUAUAUAUAUAUUCCUUUACAAUCUUUCCUUUUUAAUUGUUUACUUAAACCCAUUUCGGUCUGGUCAGAGAAUUAAGACAGUGGUGCCUUAGAUUUUAGUCCUUAAAAAUCUAAUGUAUUCAGUGAUUAUCUUUGUAUAUACUUGUCUAUCCUCUCUGCUGUUUUAUUUUUGGUGUUAUGACUUUAACCUGCCUGGUUUGAAUACCCCUUAUUGUAGUUUGGUCGGUUGGCCAACAGAGGUCCUUAUAAACCAAUUCUUGAGUUCUACUCUGUGGCCGCUGGAGACUGAACAGUGGUAAAUAAAAACCAAGACUGUUCAGUCUGUAUGCUGUAAUACUGGCACAGUUUGUAAGUGAAACAAAGCUUUCUUUCUUUCUUGCUUGCUUUCUUUUAAACCACGUGUAUAUUUAUAAUCUAAAAUGAUCAGUAUAACUGUCAAAACAAUCAUUUUCUCCUCUGAUUGUUUUAUAAACACUUAAAAUUGUAUAUAUUUUAACAAGAUUAUCAAGCAGAGGUGUACAAUGUACAUAUGUAUGUGUUUUUAUAUAUAUAAAAAAUAUAUAUAUAUCAUUUUGAGCAAAUUGGGGGAUUUUACUCACUCUCAGGGCAGACUGUUUUUUAAUUAAUAAUGUCCAUAUAUAAUUGUUUAUUAAACUUUGUAGAUGCAUUCCAUUUGUGAUCAUACUACAUUUCAUUUUGUUGUGACAACAUGUUGGAAAGAGUGUUGUGGGUACAGACCAGUGCUACUGAAAUGUACACUGUUAUGCAAAAUGUAUUUUUAAAUUAUUUUGUGAUCCUAGCAUCUCAGAGAACUAAAGUGGUACUUUCCAUGUGACAUGUAUAUUCAUAAGGUGCAUUCAAUGUCUUUAUAUUUGUACACUGUAACAUGUCAAAUUAAAAAUAUAUUAAAUAAAACCCCUUUCAAAUUAAA